GUACCCCGGGCCAAAGCCGCUUGAUAGGCCAGACAACAAGAAGCCAGAAUGUGCAACUGCGAGCUCAUCCUACCCUUUUCAACAUGAAUCCAGGACUAGGACUAAGUGAGCAAUAUCGAUACAGUGUAGGCACUGUUUCUUUGUAUUGUCGAUUAAAAUAUUAUAGAUUUCCCGUUUCCUCAUAUCUUGCAGAUUUUUUUAUUCAAAGACCAGAACCCAAUACAAACGUUCGAAAAUUUGCAACCCAAAACAGUAGCUUAAAAUAUCCUUUUGGGUCCAACCAUAAAGAACUGAAAUAUCUCCCUCUUUCCUUCGAUCUUCCUUCAAUUUUCACUUUUCACUUGUUGCAGAAUCUCUUGUUUUUUCUCUCUUACAAUAACAAAUGCAUACUUUGAAUCUCAUAUCAUCCUCUCAUGUCACUUUCUCCAAAUCCACACAUCAAUAUUAUCCCACAAAAAGGAUCGAAAACCCAAAAAACUUCAGUUACCCUCCUGCUUUUCUCAACAAAUCCACCCCUCACAGCCCCAAACUUUGCAACUUUCACAAAAUCCAUUGUUACCCUUUUGGCAAGAUCCAAGGCUUAGGCACCAAAAGAACUCCUUUCAGCUAUAUCCAUGAAAACCCUUCUAGGAAACCUGGAUCCCGUAUUCCCAGAUCAGCUGCAGCAUCUGAAUCUAAUCCAGAAGGAGAAGCUGCAGCAGCUGAAGCAGCAGCGAAGUCAAAGGCUAAAACUUUACAGCUUGCUCUUGUGUUCGGUUUUUGGUACUUUCAAAACAUUGUCUUUAACAUUUACAACAAAAAAGCAUUGAAUGUCUUUCCAUUCCCUUGGCUUCUUGCUUCUUUUCAACUCUUCGCUGGUUCCAUUUGGAUGUUCGUUCUCUGGUCUUUAAAGUUGCAACCUUGUCCCAAAAUCACAAAGCCUUUUAUUAUUGCACUUCUUGGACCUGCAUUGUUUCACACAAUAGGCCAUAUUUCAGCUUGUGUAUCGUUUUCUAAGGUUGCCGUUUCCUUCACUCAUGUUAUCAAAUCAUCAGAGCCUGUGUUUUCUGUUGUUUUCUCUUCAUUUCUUGGUGAUACAUACCCUUUGAAAGUCUGGCUUUCCAUUGUUCCCAUUGUUUUGGGAUGUUCUCUAGCUGCUAUUACUGAGGUUUCCUUUAAUUUUCAAGGCUUAUGGGGUGCUUUGAUUAGCAAUGUUGGUUUUGUGUUAAGGAACAUUUACUCCAAGAAAAGUUUGCAGAACUUUAAGGAAGUGAAUGGAUUGAAUUUGUAUGGUUGGAUCAGUAUAAUCUCACUGCUUUAUCUGUUUCCAGUCGCGGUUAUUGUUGAAGGGUCGCAAUGGGUUCAAGGGUAUCACAAAGCAAUCGAGACUGUUGGCAAAGCAUCCACAUUUUACAUAUGGGUCUUGCUUUCAGGAAUAUUUUACCAUCUAUACAACCAAUCAUCUUAUCAGGCACUUGAUGAAAUUAGCCCUUUGACUUUUUCAGUUGGGAACACAAUGAAGAGGGUUGUGGUUAUAGUGUCAACUGUUUUGGUGUUCAGAAAUCCAGUCCGGCCUUUGAAUGCACUUGGAUCUGGGAUUGCAAUACUUGGAACUUUCUUGUAUUCACAAGCAACAGCUAAGAAGAAGAGUGCUGGAGGUGAAAAGAAGAGCUAAGGGUUCAAUAAUCUCUUCAAAGUUUUUUAACUUUUUGUUCCUUUUGAACGGAUGAUACUUUCAUUUUUGAUCUUUUCUUCCCUCACUGUUAUAAAUGUUAAUAAAUGACCUAUAUUUUGCUUUCUUAA